AUGGCUAAUACUCGCUCCGGCGGCUCUGCCGCCCGUCGUGGCCGCGCUGCUCGUCGUUCCGCUGCUCCUGCCGCUGCCGCCACCACUGCUCCUGCUCCGGUUCGUGGCCGCCGGGGUCGCCCUCCCGGUCGUGGGCGUGCUGCUGCUCGCGCUGGUCGCGGGCGUGGAGCGUCUCGCGGCCGGGGGGGCGCCCUGGUUGGCGUCGUCAUCUCCGCUCCCGCCUCCGCUGCGCCGCCCCCGCCUCCCCCCCCCUCGGUCCGGGCCGCGCUCCUGUCGGUUGACCCCGGCGGACUCACCAAGGCUGUACUGUUCCGGGAGUGA